AAACCGAAUGGCAAUGACCCAAGAAGAUAAUCCAACAGGUUUUUUUUCGAUCAAUUCUAAAUCCCACCCCGAAUCCUAAAUCCCAACCGAAACAGCUGAAACAACAACAAUCGUACAACAACUCCAGCAAGUUCCAACUCGAGAAGAAUUCACCGGUGGUGAUGAUGAUGGUGAUGAUGAUGAUGAUGAUGAUGAUGAUGAGGAUGAUGACGUCAGCCCCACUUUGGGGCGCGUCUCGGAACAAAACACCCCGGGGGGUCUAGGUGAGGCUCAGUCUGGGUGCGUGGCUUGAUGACACCGUGUUCAGCGUGGUCCCUCCUCCUCCCUGCUGUGACACACACACAUCGCAGACCUUACAAGUGGGCAAGUUUCACAAGUUGCUUGGAGUUUGAGAGAAGAUCACGAUGGCAGACAACCAGAAGACGGGUCAGAACCUCCAGGCUGGAGCCGGGAUCCUGGCCAAACGGGUCCAGAAGUCCCUGAACCGAGCUCAAGAGAAGGUCCUCCAGAAACUGGGGAAAACGAUGGAGACCAAGGAUGAGCAGUUUGAGCAGUGCUCCCAGAACCUCAGCAAGCAGCAGGCGGACGGUGUCAGGUUAACCAAGGAUGUCCGCGCUUACUUCACAGCUGUGAAAGCAAUACACGAGUCAUCUAAACGUCUCUCCCAGACGCUGAAGGAUGUCUAUGAGUCUGAUUGGAACGGCGGAGAAGACCUCUCCGACAUCAUUGAAAAAGAGGACUUGAUGUGGAACGACUACGAGGAGAAGAUGUCGGAUCAGAUUGUGCGCACUAUGGAGAACUACACCGCGCAAUUCCCCGAGGUCAAGGAACGAGUGGGGAAGCGCGGACGCAAGCUGGUGGAUUACGACUCGGCGCGUCACCACCUGGAGGCGCUGCAGGGAGCCAAGAAGAAGGACGACGGCAAGAUGGCCAAGGCAGAGGACGAGUUCAACAAAGCACAGAACGUUUUUGAGGAACUAAACAAAGAGCUGAGAGAGGAGCUGCCUGUUCUCUAUCAGAGCCGAAUAGGUUGUUACGUAACCGUCUUCCAGAAUAUAUCGAACCUCCGGGAUGUCUUCUAUAAGGAAAUGAGUCUGUUGAACCAUGAGCUGUACAACGUGAUGAAGAAACUGGAGACUCAGUAUUCGGGGAAAGCCUUCAUCAUCAAGGGCCUGAACAGCUCCAGCUCCAAGUCCAAGAAGAGGAAGUCCAUCGUCAUCUCCAACCCCAUCCCCUGCAACACGGCCUUCCCCAGCGACCACGUCUCCCAGCGCCCCACCGGCCCGGAUGCCCCGGCCCCCAACACACACACACCCUCGCAGGAACCCCUCAACUGGGACAACGCUGCCGGCUCCGCCUCCAAAGACCCCCCCUCCUCCUCCUCCUCCGUGUCCGAGCUGGACGACCUCGGCUCCGAGUGCUCGGACACGCCCAAGCGCCAGUCGGCGUGCGACGGGGAGAGUGGCUCGGAGAGGCGGAGCCCGGACCGCACGGCGGCAGAGGCGGAUCUGCCGGAACUCGGCUCCAGCCAAUCGGAUGACUCCGGGGUGGGUGGACCCACGCCAGAGGGGGCGGGGCAGGAUGUGGCCCCUCCCCUCCCGCCUGUGAGAGAAGCCAAGGCCAAGGCCCCCCCCGUUCCUACUCCCCGCACCUCCUUUGGGGCCGCAGAUCGACGGUCAGACUCCCGCGGCAAGGCAGGGGCAGAGGCAGAGAAGCAAGAGGUUGAGGCAGAGAAGCAAGAGGUUGAGGCAGAGAAGCAAGAGGUUGAGAAGCAGGAGGUGGAGGCUGAGAAGGUGGAGGCUGAGAAGCAAGAGGUGGAGGCUGAGAAGCAAGAGGUGGAGGCUGAGAAGCAAGAGGUGGAGGCUGAGAAGCAAGAGGUGGAGGCUGAGAAGCAAGAGGUGGAGGCUGAGAAGCAAGAGGUGGAGGCAGAGAAGCAAGAGGUGGAGGCAGAGAAGCAAGAGGUGGAGGCAGAGAAGGUGGAGGCAGCGAAGGAAGAGGUAGAGGCAGCGAAGGAAGAGGUGGAGGCAGCGAAGGAAGAGGUGGAGGCAGAGGCAGCGAAGGUGGAGGCAGAGGCAGCGAAGGAAGAGGUGGAGGCAGAGAAGGCAGAGGCAGGGAAGGAAGAGUUGGAGGCAAAGAAGGAAAUAUCAGAAAAGGACUCCCCCCAGCCCUCAGACUCCCUUUGCAAGGGGGGGGCAGCAGCGAGUCAGUCGAGUUCAGGAGGAGAAGGCGUGCUUGCGCAGCCGCAGGAGGACGUGGCCGGGCCAACCGCCGACGUUCCAGAUGAAGGCGUGCUUAAGGAGGUCAGAGAGCUGGAUGCAGGGACGUAGCGGCGCACUCUGGGGUCUGUCAGAGGAGUUUGUUGGCCAAGGCUCUCGAUGAGGCAACACAACAACCCUGUCCUCCUCCCAUGGAGCACUGGGAUUCACACGCAAACAGGGCAGAGUGGAGCCACAUGUUUGGACCAGAGAGCAACGCGUCCCUCCUGGGCUCCUCCCAUGCUCAGCCGCUGAUGCUGGUGUCUCAUUUCAGAAGAUUCUUUCUAUAUUUGCUUACGGUCUUAAACAUGAACAAAUGUUUUGUGUGUGUGUGUGUCAAUGCAGUAUUUCUUUUUCAACCUUAAUGCUGUGAAUGUAAGUAAGCUGUUUUUAUACUCCAGAUGUCUUUUCUUAACGUGUCUUAAUAAAGUAAAGCCCAAUUAGGCUGGGAAAACAAUGUU